CAAGGGAUAGACUCUUGAGAACCAGUUUUUUAUGAUGUUUGGAAUUAUGCUUCUCAGAGCUCAGGCUGCCCAAGUAGAGAGAAAAGAUGAUGAUGUGGGAGGACGUAUAGUAAAGUUUCUCAGUCUUUGGUGGGUGCUUUGGAAUGUGCACCUCUUUCUCACACGAAUUUUCUAUUUCUGCCUUACCUCUUAGGUAUGUAAUCUCUGUGUAAUAGGGUAUAUGGCAUGUAGGUGCUCACUAAUAAGUAAGUGGGUUGGAAUUUCUGUGUUUGAUUUUUAAGAUUUUGGAUAAACUUCAGGGCAAUGGAAUUGCAAGAGUCAUCUGCCUGGCCUUUUCCCUCCAGAAGUAGUUCUGUAUACCAGAACCAGUCUUCAAUUAUUCUCCCCAACCCUUUAAUACCAGUACAGUACUUGAGAGCUACCUGGUGAAAGGAAUAGGCCUUGUUACUGAGCUGAUAAAAGCCUCUACUGUAUCAAAAAAUCACAAAAAGUAAAGUUUAGCAUUAAAGCUAGCCACAUAGAUUUGCAGGGAUAAAUUAGUUUCCUCUCUCUUCCUCAGUCUUUCAGGAAGGAGGAGUACAAGGUCUAUUUCUUUCCUACUCAUAACAGCUGUGUUCUCCCCUUGACUGAAGAGAAGCUAUUCAACAUGAACCUUGGGUUGGAUGCUCAGAUCUGCCUAUUUUCCUAAAAUAGCAAAAUUCCUGCCCAGAAAGAAAGGAUGUUAAAAAAAUGAAAAGUAAUGUUCUGAGCAGGCAAGGUGCCAGUGAAAGCAGCAGACUGGCCUGUAGAGAGUGCUCUGUGCAGCUGCCUGCCUCAGCCACCUGGGCUUGCAACAUGGACAUGCCUCUUCUGUACCCUCAGUGACUAAUCCAGGCCUUGUCAACCAUCUCCAUUCUUAUUUACCAGAGACACCUUCACUUCCCCGUUAUCAAUUCAUAUCUGAAUGUCUGCAGCAUUUCCUGGCCGACCUCCCUGACUCUUAGGAUAUAAUUCUCUGUCCCAUAAAAGCUUACUGGCUUUUCAGAAUCUUGAGUGCAGUUCAUUUUGCGUUCACUGCUUCCCAAUAAAAAGUUCUGGGAGGAUAGGGAUUGGUUCUUAUGCUUCCUUUUUUUUUCUUUUUCUUUUUUCUUAAUUCCUUAGAGGGUUUUAACAGAGUUGAACACAAACAUUUUGAUUAUAUGUCCAAGAAAGAUUUGAGCAAAGUAAACUGAGGAUUUGUAUGCAUCAGAGUAUAGAAAGGAAACCAAAGGUGAUAAAAUGUUUUUCUUUAUACCCAUUUCACCUAGCUCAGUGCCAGGCACAUAGUAGAAGUUAAUAAUUGUGGACUCAAUGAAGUCUUAGCAGAACUUUGAAUUCAUUGAGGGAUCCUAGCACUGUUGGCUGAUGGGACGGAGAAGUGGGAGCAGUGUGUCAGCAGCACUCCUGCCUGCUAUCUCAGAAAGACUAACCCAGCUCUGACCCCAGAGGAACUCCCAGAACAGAAUUCUUAUUGAAUACCACACUCCUCUCCCUUCCCAAAUCCGGUGCUCCACCUGUACCCAAUUUUAGUUACUGGUACCACUGUCCUACCAGCCAACAAGGCACCAAAGCUUCAAGUUACUUGACACUUCCCCACCACAUCCAGUUACUGACUGUGUAAUCUCUGCUGUCUCCCUUGUUCCUGCCAUCUGUACCUGGGUUUAAGCCUCAUCCAUCACCUUUAAACCAAGAGGAUUGCAGUUGCUCUCCAUCUGAUCUUCCCAGGUGCCAGCCUGAAGAGUUGGAGGCAGCUUCCUGUUGGCAAUGACCCCACUAGAAUCAGUUCUUGAUGAUUGGACAAGAGCUCUGUCACCAGAAAGAGUGAGGGGGCCUGCUUUCUACUGAACAGCUGGUGAAUAAUCACAAAGCCUAUGAGCCAGAAUACCCUGAUCUGACUCCACUUUAUCCCCAUCUCCCUUCUCCCUUCAACCAAGACCCAUUCGCCAUCCCUUUCCCAGCCCUGGCUGCACUGCUUGACCACAUUAAGACUUGGCCUGAGAUGGAGGAAGAGUGAGGAAGUUGCUGCACCAAUGUGACUGACUGAAGCUGCCCAAAGCCCUAAAAGGAAGUGGAUAGGUGCCUUAUCCAAGAGGGUACAGCAGCCCAGGUCUUAUCAGGAGGCAGCAGCUUCCUUACUCCUUCCCCCACCACUAACCAAGUCAUUAUGUGCCACAGCAGUGCAGGCAGCUGUGUGGGAGGAAGAGGGGCCAUAGAACUGGGGGCUAGAGUGGAGGUGUACAGACCAACUAGUUCAUGGUUUUACUAUCCCAAGCAGAGAGCCAUGAUGGCUUAGGCUUGCAUGGUGGUAGUGGAAAUGGCGUGAAGAUUCAAGAGACAUAGUUGAGAGGCAGAACCAAGAAGACGUGGUGAUAAACUACUCUCAGGAAAAGGGAGGAGUCAUGGAGUGGAGUCAGCAUCCACCCCCAGGGUGGCCUCACCCCCUUCCCUUCCUGGCAAUCCUAGAAACCAAAUGGGUCCAGGGCCAACAGCCCUGUUUUCUGCCUACUGUUCAGUAAGUGGCUUCAGGUUUGAUAAGAAAAGGCUUCCUGUGGUGGAACUGAAAGGAAGAGGAAGGAGUUAGUCCAUUCCUCCCAAGAAGGUUGUGGGAGAAGGAACAUGGCCAGAGCUUUGUGUCCACUUCAUGCCCUCUGGCUGCUGGAGUGGGUGCAGAUGCUCUUGGGACCCGGUGCUGCCCCUGCAGCCUGGGCCUUGAACCUGGACCCAGUGCGGCUCACCUUCUACACAGGCCCCAAUGGCAGCCACUUUGGAUUUUCACUGGACUUCUACAAGGACAGCCAUGGGAGCGUGGCCAUCGUGGUGGGCGCCCCGCGGAUCCGAGGCCGCAGUCAAGAGGAGACUGGCGGCGUGUUCCUGUGCCCCUGGAGGGCCCAGGGCGGCCAGUGCUCGCCUCUGUCCUUCAACCUUAAUGAUGAGACCCGAACAGUAGGCUCCCAGACCUUCCAAACCUUCAAGCACCGGCAAGGACUAGGGGCGUCGGUUGUCGGCUGGAACGACAACAUUGUGGCCUGCGCCCCCUGGCAGCACUGGAACGUCGUGGAUAAGACGGAGGAGGCCGAGAAGACGCCCGUGGGGGGCUGCUUCCUGGCCCAGCUGCAGAACGGAGACAAUCAUGGCGUGCUGUUCCACUUAUGGGAAGACAAGCGCUACUGCGAAGCGGGCUUCAGCGCCACUGUCACUCAGGCUGGAGAGCUGGUGCUCGGGGCCCCUGGCGGCUUCUUUUUCACAGGGCUCCUGGCGCGGGCUCCGAUCGCAGACAUCUUCAGGAACUACCACCCGGGCACCCUCUUGUGGCACGUGGGCACCCAGCGCCUCACUUUCGACUCCAACAAGCCAGAGUACUUCGACGGCUACCGGGGUAACCCUGGCCCUCCUGGGCUGCCCGGGUCUGCGCAGGUGGAAAUCAUGCUCUCCAACUACCGGACGCUGCACCGGGUGCACGGAGAGCAGGUGGCUUCGUAUUUCGGGCAUUCGGUGGCCGUCACCGACGUCAACGGGGACGGGUGAGGAGGGGGGCGCCCAGCCCUACCCAGUUGAGCCCCCAGUUGCCAGAGUCGUGAGCUNGCCGAGGUGGGGCGCGUGUACUUGUUCCUGCAGCCUCGGGGCUCCCACGCGCUGGGCACCCCCAGCCUCCUCCUGACUGGCACCCAGCUCUAUGGGCGAUUUGGCUCAGCUAUCGCGCCUCUGGGCGACCUCAACCGGGACAACUACAACGAUGUUGCCGUGGCCGCCCCCUACGGGGGCCCCAGUGGUCGGGGCCAAGUGCAGGUGUUCCUGGGCCAGAGUGAGGGGCUCAGCUCCCGCCCCUCCCAGGUCCUGGACAGCCCCUUCUCCACGGGCUCUGGCUUUGGCUUCUCCCUGCGAGGUGCCGCAGACAUCGAUGACAAUGGAUACCCAGACCUAUUGGUGGGAGCAUACGGGGCUGACAAGGUGGCUGUGUACAGAGCUCAGCCGGUGGUGACGGCCACUGUCCAGCUGCUGGUACAAGGCUCGCUGAAUCCUGCUGUGAAGAAAUGUGACCUGCCCAAGACCAAGACGCCAGUGAGCUGCUUUAACAUCCAGGUGUGUGUAGGAGCCACUGGACACAGUGUUCCUCAGAAGCUGGGCCUAAAUGUCGAGCUGCAGCUGGACCGGGGAGAACAGACCCGCAUCAUCCUGGACUGCGGGGAAGAUGACCUGUGUGUGCCCCAGCUUCAGCUCGCCGCCAACGUGACGACGGGUGCCCCGCUCCUAAUUGGAGCCGAUAACGUGUUGGAGCUAAAGAUAGAUGCAGCCAAUGACGGGGAGGGGGCCUAUGAGGCUGAGCUGGCCGUGCACCUGCCCCAAGGUGCCCACUUCAUGCGGGCCGUCAGCAACGUCCAGGGCUUUGAGAGGCUGGUCUGUAACCAGAAGAAGGAGAACGAGACCAAGGUGGUGCUGUGUGAGCUGGGCAACCCCAUGAAGAGGAAUGUCCGGGCAGGAAUCACCAUGUUGGUGAGUGUGGAGAACCUGGAAGAGGCUGGGGAGCAAGUGUCCUUCCGGCUGCAGAUCAGGAGCAAGAACAGCCAGAAUCCAAACAGUGAGGAGGUGGUGCUGGAUGUGCCAAUCCGUGCGGAGGCCCAUGUGGAGCUUCGAGGGAGCUCCUUUCCAGCCUUCCUGGUGGUGGCGGCAGAAGAAGGCAACAAGGAGAACGUCUCAGACACCUGGGGCCCCAAAGUGGAGCACACCUAUGAGCUCCACAACAACGGCCCUGGCACUGUCAGCGGCCUCCACCUCAGCAUCCACCUCCCUGGCCAGUCCCAGUUCUCUGACCUGCUCUACAUCCUGGAUAUACAGCUUCAGGGGGGGCUUCAGUGCUCCCCACAGCCCUCCCCCAACCCCCUCAAGCUGGACUUGGGGGUGCCCACCCCAAUUCCUUCCCCCGCUUCCCGGGGCCACCACAAGCGGGAGCGCAGGCAGGCGUUCUUGUCAGGGUCCAAGCAGCCAUCGAGGCUUCAGGAUCCAGUUCUUGUGAGCUGCGACUCGGCGCCCUGCACUGUGGUGCAGUGUGAGCUGCAGGAGAUGGAGCGCGGGCAGCGGGCCAUGGUCACGGUGCACGCCCUGCUGUGGCUGCCCAGCCUCCGCCAGAGGCCCCUGGAUCAAUUUGUGCUGCAGUCGCAGGCUUGGUUCAAUGUCUCGUCCCUUCCCUACAACGUGCCCGCCCUCAGCCUGCCCAGUGGAGAAGCUCUGGUGCAGACGCAGCUGCUUCGGGCCUUGGAGGAGCGGGACGUCCCCAUCUGGUGGGUGCUGGUGGGCGUGCUGAGUGGCCUGCUGUUGCUCACACUCCUGGUCCUGGCCAUGUGGAAGGUUGGCUUCUUCAAGCGGAACCGGCCUCCCCUGGAGGAAGAUGAUGAAGAGGAGGAGUGACGGUGCAGCCCAGGCUCUGUCCUACAGGAAGGCUGGGCGUGAUCCCCGCUCUGCCCCUUCUUCUCCAAGUGCCCCCCAACUCCGCUCACCCCCAGGUUGGAGCUGUUCCAUGGAGGCCUCCUGACGUCUUCCCCCUUCCAUCAGAGCUGGGCCACCCCCUUUCUUGCUGCCAGAUAAAGAGGCUGAGCCCCAACUCA